UGAGAGGGAGGUGAGAUAUGCCUUCAAUGUACACUGUAUGCUAACUGUAACACAAAUGUAUUAAUCAUUAUUUGUAUUUCCUCCCCCAGCUCCAAGAAGAUGACACAGCUCAAAAUAAAAAUUAGCAAUCAGUACAACCAAGUCAUCGUUAUAAGGCAUCGCCCUCUUUUGCCCACCCCCCCAGCACCAGGUGUGGCCACUAGCCUAUAUGAAGGCCCAAAAUUGUGUGUUCCUUUCUGCUCUGACAAUGGCAUGCCCAUUCGUGCGAGAUGUGGUGGAUGAAGAAGCACUUGUGCUGAGGAGAGCCUUCAGGCGAGAAAGGGUCUUCAGGGACCGGUUGGACCCACUGGCCUUCCCUGACGACCAUCUAUAUGAAAGAUACAGGUUUUCUGCAGAUGGCAUCAGGUAUCUAUGCAGACUACUGGGUCCCAGGAUUAAGCACCGCACUGCACGGAGCCAUGCACUGAGUGUGGAGCAAAUGGUUUGUGUGGCCUUGCGCUUUUUUGCUAGUGGAGCCUUCCUGUACUCAGUGGGGGAUGCAGAACAGCUGAACAAGGCCACAAUUUGCCGCACAAUAAGGAGUGUGUGUCUGGCUAUCAAAGCAUUAGCAGAUGUCUUCAUCUCCUUCCCUGGCCACAGAAGACUCUGUGACAUCAAAGAGGAGUUCUAUAGGAUUGCAGGUUUCCCCAAUGUCAUUGGUGCAGUGGACUGCACACACAUAAGGAUAAAAGCCCCCUCAGGUGCCCAUGAGGCCGAUUUUGUGAAUAGGAAAUCCUUUCACAGCAUUAAUGUUCAGAUGGUCUGCAAUGCUGACUGUGUGAUCAGCAAUGUUGUGGCAAAAUGGCCUGGCUCAGUCCAUGACUCCAGAAUCUUUCGGGCCUCUGAAAUCUAUCAGUGCCUAUCACAAGGUGAAUUCUCUGGUGUGUUGCUGGGAGACAGGGGGUAUGGCUGCCAGCCUUUUCUCCUGACACCUUUCACAGACCCCCAGGAAGCACAGCAGGCCUACAACCAUGCCCAUGCCAGGACAAGGGCCAGAGUUGAAAUGACCUUUGGCCUCCUGAAGGCACGCUUUCACUGCCUUCACAAAUUAAGGGUCAGACCUGUUAGGGCAUGUGAUAUUACUGUGGCUUGUGCUGUCCUCCACAAUGUGGCCUGCCUGAGGAAGGAGAGGGCCCCCAGAGUGCCACCAGCCAUGGACUGGGACAAUCCGGCAAUCUUCCCUGAUGACGACAGUGGUCGGCUGCUGAGGGACCAAUAUGUGUUGAAUUAUUUUAGUUAGUAUGUGUGCUUUCAAUUUUGGUUAAAUAUGUCCUGCGGUGGCAGAGGAAUUUGGGUUUUUUUGGGUUCGUUUUUUUACGAAUUUGGCCUCUUAUGAUGUUUGUGCGGUAUACUGUGUGUAAUACAAGGCUGCAGGGAGGCUACUGCAUCCAUUCAUUUGUCUGUUCAGUUGAUGUGUAUGGAUUUGUCCUGCAUUUAUUUUAGUGUGCAGUCAUGCAGGGUGUGUUAUAUACAGACCUUUGAAUGUGUAUGUAUCAUUUUGUAUAAUAUGCUUGGAUUCUGUGCUUUCCAUCUUACAUUUACAUUUAAGUCAUUUAGCAGACGCUCUUAUCCAGAGCGACUUACAAAUUGGUGCAUUCACCUUAUGACAUCCAGUGGAACAGCCACUUUACAAUAG